UGUUUCUGUCUUUAAUAGGCAUAUAAUGACUUUAUAAACAGUCCAAAUUCUCUGUUCCAUAACAAGCUCUAAUCAUGCUCAACAAAUUUGAAAAGGAAUAUGGAUAACUGUCAUAUUAUUAAAUGGAAUUAUGUCUUAUACAAUAUAUUUGUAAUCAAAGAAGGUUACAAAAGUAAUAGAGAUUCUCCGUCAGUUUCUGUUGCCUUGCCGAAUACGUCUUUAGAGCCUGGUCCCUUAUAGUUAAAACUUGCAAGCUUGGAGAAACCAUAUAAAAUUGCAUAUUGAGUUAAUGGAGAAGUUUCCGGUCUCCUUUUUUUUUUUUUUUUUUUUUUUUGAAAAAAAUGGAAAAUAGAAUUUUGAUUUUUUGGUUCAAAAUUAACUAUUAUUUUCCAAAUUAGAAAAUGGAAAAUGUAAAAUGUUAAGUGCUGAAGAUUGAAGAAUAGUGUGUAUAUUCAUACUGUACAGGAAGAAGCCCUAUUUAUACAUAAGCUAAUAAGCUACUAGCCACAGAAUUCAAAGAACAAACACAAGGCAUAGAGAACAAUAAUAUUUUAGAUCUGUAAGGGAUAUUGAAAAUCAUGAAAUUGUAGAAGGUCCAAUUAGUUUUGAAUUGGAUGCAAAUAUGAAUUCCUGUUCUUUAAGACCUUAAGUAUGCCCCCGAGAUCAUAUGCUUUUCUUGUCUCACCUCUAUAAAACUUAGGAUGCCAUCAAAAUUGGCACUGGUAAAAUUUGUGACCUGAGGGCAUGGUUUUGCUUCUUGAUGGAUGACAUUAAAUUCAUCUUGUACCUAUUUGAUGUGUAAAUUUUGGACUAUUUGGCACAUACAAAGUCACGAACAUAUGCUCUGAAGGUUGAGCAUUUAAGGUCUUCCGGUCCAGCUGUUUAAUCAAUUACUGGCUUCUUUGGAUUCCUUGUAUGAAGGGUACGUGCAGCUGUAAGAUUUUCUCAACGAAAUGAACAUGACCACUUUGACCAGUCUGAAAGGUCACAUGAACUUCACACGAUCUCCAGUUCUACACAAUAGUGAUGACUGCUUGCGUGAAUUCUGUGAAAAUUUAUUUACCUACACUGAUGUUUUUAACCCCUGCAAAGAUUUUAUGUGAUUAAAAUCUCCCAGUAGUUUUAAGUUAUUGAUCAUUCUCCCCUUAGGAAAAAUGAUGCUUAUAUGGUUGCAUGUUUAAGACAUAUAUACAUGGCUCUAGUGAAAUCAUGGGAUAGGUUUAGUUCUGCAAUUAACAGAUUCCUCUUAGGACCAGUUACUUAGGAAGCUUAGGUGCAGUUUGGACAACCAAAUUUAUUUCUUUGGGGUGACGAAGGAAACCCGCAGUCACUACCCGAGGGUGUGCACUAGGUAAACUCUGCCUUGUGACCUUAGCCAGCAAAGGACCACAAGAAGUUAAACCAGUCUAGGUUGCCCAUAGCUGACCGGCUCAAGGUAAAUUCCGCCUUGUGACCUUAGUCAGCAAAGGACCACAAGAAGUUAAACCAGCCUAGGUUGCGCGUAGCUGACCGGCUCAAACUAAGAAGGCUGGGAUUCGAACCGUGACCUUGUGGUUACAAGUUUGUAUCCUUAGUCAUCUUGGCUGGAAACCAAAUUUAUUUCUUGAUAUGGGAUACAGAUGAACUACUAUUUAUCUUUCAGUUCAACUUUCAGUCACCUGAUUUGAUUUUGUAUGCAACUAAUUUGGGGUUUUCUUCAUUUUCAAACAUUGUUGUAUAUCUGAUUCUAUGGUCAAUAGUGUGGGAAGGUUCAGUCAAUAUUGGGAUACCUUUGACUUUCUCCUAAUAAAUGAAGAAAAAAAAAAUGCUUGUAAUUCCAUUGGAAAGGAAUUAAAGACUGAAGUUGUGUUUCCAUACAUGUUGGUUCUCAUGUGCCAAACAAGGCCUAAGACUUGCUAGCCUAUUUAUAUAUAUAUCACCCAUGAAACCUUCCCAAACUCUGCCCCUGUCUGCAUACUGUACUUUGGCUUUGUCUCUCUGAAUCACGUGUGUCCUCCUUCCCACAUUCCACCUUCUCACUUGUGUCUAAAAGUGAUCAAAAUUUUUCAAAAAAAAAAGAAAGAAAAAGAUGAGAGGAAGAUCUUCAAAACAAGUAAAUGAAGUGGGAUUGGAAGUAGAAAAGCUAAAAGAAGAGCCCCAUGUUUCUGGUGCCUAUAUUAGGACCCUUGUGAAACAGCUUACUUGUUCACGAACCAAAGAUCCCGUGGAUGGUUUAGUUGGAGAUGGAGAGAUCUCAUGCCAAAACCGAAAUUCAGCUAAACCUGGCGACUCUUACAAUACUGAGACGCAACAACAACAACAACAACAACAACAACCUCGGCAUAAAAAGCAAGUUCGGAGAAGACUCCAUACUAGCAGGCCUUAUCAAGAGAGGCUUCUGAAUAUGGCCGAGGCUCGACGAGAGAUUGUGACUGCGCUAAAGUUUCAUAGAGCUGCUAUGGAACAACAAAAGCAACAACAGUUGGGGAUAGAGUUGUUACAGACCACCUCGCCGCAAACACCAUUAGAACAACAAGAAGAGAAGUUAAAAUCUCGGAGAAAUCCAAGAACAUAUGCUUCCAAUCCCACCACCUCCAACAGUUUUCCAAUAUUAUCUUGUCCUCCUCCUCCUCAUCAGUAUCCUUACUCUUACCCAAUUUCUUCAGUUGCUCCACCGCUUACUCAAGAAAGCCUCAAUUUCCCACUUCCAAACCAAACCUUAGGCUUGAAUCUCAAUUUGCAUGAUUUCAACAAUAAUUUGGACACUACACCUUAUUUUACCAAUAAUAAUCCUUCAUACUUUCCCAUCGAGGAUAUCCACUGUCCAAUGGUGGAGGAAGGUGGUUACAAGGUGAAUACUGCAGGGUUAAUCAAUGACGAUCCAGAUUCAGGGUUGCAUCCAGUGAUUAUGGAUGACAAGGAAAAAAUGGCUGAGAUGAGGUCCAUUGGGGAGCAGCACCAGAUGGAGUGGAAUGACACAUUGAAUUUUGUCACUUCUGCAUGGUGGUUCAAAUUCUUCAAGACAAUGGAAAUCGGCCCUGCUGAAGAUCAAGAUUAUGGGUGCUAUCCGUUUCAUGAAGUGAUGGAGUUUCCAGCCUGGUUGAAUGCAAAUGAAAGCUGCUUCAGUGAUACCUAUUCUCAUGGUUUCUUGCAAGAUCCUGGCUUGCCAUGCAUGGACAUUGAGGAAAUUGAAGGAAUGGAUGUGGAGUGGCUUGCCUAAGCUCUCAGAAGAUUGAUUUUGACGGCCCUUUUUUUCCCUUCAUAAUCAAAUCUUAGCCUGCCAGUUUUUGUUUGCCCCUCAUGUUUUUUUUUUUUUUUUUUUUU